GUGAGGAGGGAAGGAGAGAUGGGGGGGACGUGGGGCAGGGAGAAAACAACAUAAAUCAUAUAUAUAUAGCACGCAAAUUGGAAGGUGAUCAGCACACAAUAGGCACUUGGUAAAUGUUAAAAUAAUGACACCCCACUGUCUCCUUGCCCUCACAUGGUCUCCCCUAACGUAUUGCCUGUUGUCUUGCUUCUUCUCUUCCCACUUGCAGAGCCCGCUGCCCACGUCUCUUCCCUGAGCUGCCUGCUGGGGUCAUGGAGCUGCCAACAAAGCCUGGCACCUUCGACCUGGGCCUGGCCACAUGGAGCCCUUCCUUCCAGGGGGAAACCCACCGGGCACAGGCACGCUGCAGGGAUGUUGGCAGGCAGCUGCCUGAGUACAAGGCUGUGGUGGUGGGCGCGAGUGGCGUGGGCAAGAGUGCGCUGACCAUCCAGCUGAACCACCAGUGCUUCGUGGAGGACCAUGACCCCACCAUCCAGGAUUCCUACUGGAAGGAGUUGACCCUGGACAGUGGGGACUGCAUUCUGAAUGUGUUGGACACAGCAGGGCAGGCCAUCCAUAGGGCCCUGCGUGACCAGUGCCUGGCUGUCUGUGAUGGUGUGCUGGGCGUCUUCGCUCUCGAUGACCCCUCGUCUCUGAUCCAGCUGCAACAGAUAUGGGCCACCUGGGGCCCUCACCCCGCCCAGCCCCUUGUCCUCGUGGGCAACAAGUGUGACCUUGUGACCACUGCUGGAGAUGCUCAUGCCGCUGCUGCAGCCCUUGCACACAGCUGGGGGGCCCACUUCGUGGAGACCUCAGCCAAAACACGGCAAGGCGUGGAGGAGGCCUUUUCUCUGCUGGUCCAUGAGAUCCAGAGGGUCCAGGAGGCCAUGGCCAAGGAGCCCAUGGCAAGGUCCUGUAGGGAGAAGGCCCGGCACCAGAAGGCCACCUGCCACUGUGGCUGCUCUGUGGCCUGAAGGUCUUGGCCAAGAAAUGUAGACCUACCCCCAGGCCAGGGUGAUUGUUUAUUUGACAUGAGACCCCUGAAGCAAUUAGCUUUGAGGGACACAUUCAGUAUACUAGGGAAAGAUGGACACCUCUCUUGUUUUCACUUGGUGAGGGGCUUUUUGGUAACAUGGGAGUGCCUAAUGUUGCUUUUGUUAUGUCAAGAGAUUUUGUGCAAAAUUAAAUAAAUGGUGUUUUUGGUUUCAAAGCUGCCUCCGUGCUGAGUGUUGUGUGGGUGAGAGUGAGACUGGGUAGAAUGUUACUUGAGUUGUGAGAAUUC